CUUAUAAACAUACCAACAUGGUUCAACACGCUCUUAUUGAUUCUACCAUCACGAAGUACGAAAUCAGAGAUAUUCGUUUCCCUACAUCUAAGCACUUGGAUGGCUCUGAUGCCAUGAACAAAGACCCUGACUACUCUGCUGCUUAUAUUAUCUUCUAUACUGAUUCUCCUGACUUUGAAGGUCAUGGUAUGACUUUCACUUGUGGUCGUGGUAACGACGUUGUCUGUGCUUGUAUUGAACAACUCGCUCUCAAGUUCGUUGGCAAGAAACUCAGUGAUUUGACUGCCGAUAUGCGUGCCACUCACAGAAUCUGUACUGGUGACUCUCAAUUGCGUUGGAUUGGUCCUGAAAAGGGUGUUGUUCACCUUGCUACUGGUGCUGUUAUUAACGCUAUCUGGGAUCUUUGGGCCAAGGCCGAAAACAAGCCUGUCUGGAAGUUGGUUGCUGACUUGACCCUGAACAAUUUGUUCAAUGCCAAGUGUGAAGCUGAUGUCCGUGCUAAUGGUUACCCUAGUUACACUACCUCUGCUGGUUGGUUAGGUUACAGUGAUGACAAGGUUCGUCGUUUGAUUCGUGAAGCCAAGGAACAAGGUUUCAAAAUUUUCAAGCAAAAGGUUGGUAGUGACAAGGCUUCUGACAUUCGUCGUGCUGCUCUCAUUCGUGAAGAAAUUGGUGAAGAUGGUGUCUUGAUGAUGGAUGCUAACCAAGUUUGGGAUGUCCAAGAAGCUAUUGAUUGGAUGCAAGAUCUUUUGCCCUACAAGCCUUUCUUCAUUGAAGAACCCACUUCUCCUGAUGAUGUUCUCGGUCAUGCUGCUGUUCGUAAGGCUCUUUACCCUAAGACAAAGGUUGCUACUGGUGAACACAUUCAAAACCGUAUCAUCUUCAAGCAAUUGUUCCAAGCUGAAGCCAUUGAUGUUUGUCAAAUUGAUUCUUGUCGUGUUGCUGGUGUCAACGAAGUCCUUGCUAUUCUCUUGAUGGCUAAGAAGUUCAAUAUUCCUGUUUGGCCACACGCAGGCGGUGUUGGUUUAUGUGAAUAUGUUCAACAUUUAUCUUUGAUUGAUUAUAUCUGUAUUACUGGUACAACUGAAGGUCGUGCUUUAGAAUAUGUUGACCACUUGCACGAACACUUCUUGGAUCCUGUUGUCAUGAAGGAUGGUAAAUACACUGCUCCCCUCGCUGCUGGUUACUCUAUCACAAUGAAGCGCGAGUCCAUUGAAGACUACACAUUCCCUACUGGCAAGGUUCACCAAGAAUAAGACAUAGAUCCCCCUUAUAUAUUUAAAUAAACAAAAAACAUGUAUUUGUAUCAAAGAA